UUGUCCUCCCUCCUCGCUCUUUUCAUCCGCCAGGCAGUACUUAGGUGCUCUCCACAACCUCGCUCUCGCUAGACGAAGCCCCACGACACGCUCUCUACCAUGCAGCUCUCGCUUCUUGUCCCCGCUGUGGCUGUUCUUGCCGGCGCUUUCGUGCGUGCCGAGACUCACACUAUCCGUUUUGAGAACAAGUGUGGAAAGGGAACUCCCCAGCUCAUUCAGGGCGGCAAAGUCCUCUCGACUGGAGCAGAUUACACCGUCAAUGGUGUCUUCUCUGCUGGUAUCGCUUACCUACAGACCGGCGAAUGCCUGUUCAACGGGGAGAACUGCUCCACCCUUGAGAUGACCUUGGUCAACCCGACCGCUCCGGGCGCUGGCUCCUCCACCGACAUUAGCUUGAUCGCGCCCCACAAGUUCAACGUGCCGACGUCGUUCAGCUACUUCGGCGGGUGCGAUGGCCAAGGCACUACCUGUGACAGCGCCACCUGCAAGACCGCGUUCUUCCAGCCGGACGACAACCAGGUCCAGGUCCAGUGCGAGAGCAACAACGUGAACCUGCUCAUCACCUUCUGUGGUGACGCCACCGCCUCAACCGCCUCCACGAAGUCCUCAAGUAGUGUCUCGUCUAUCGCGGUUGUUGAGACUUCCUCUGUGGCGACGCACACAUCCGUCGCUACUCACGCCACGUCGAGCGCGCACGUAACCGCCACGGUUUCGAGCGUCCCCUCGCUCGUCGUUGAGUCCUCCAUCGCUGCUGCCGCCUCCACCGCCGCGUCGUCCUCCGCGGCCAGCGUCCCCUCAUGCAAGGCCGGAUCCCGCCGUCGCCGCCGCUCUCUGUCCCCCGAGUCCGGUGCGCCCGGCGCCAAGAAGGUCCGCCGCCACCACGCCCGCAACGCAGAAGCUGCCCGUCGUGGCCCCUCCCUCUAGACGUCCCUCCCCCCUCCUCCCUCCCUGGCUGCGAUACUCCCGAACCCCCACUACGUCACCAUGACGCCUCUCCUUUCACCGUCCCCUCUCUAGUUCCGUGUGCUCUCGGUUUGCUGUCGGGUUUAUCUAUCGCUCCCAGUUCACGGCCCUCGCGUGCGAGGCUGCCCCCUCCCGCUCACGUCCUAGACAUGUAUCACCCACGCCGACGACCGCGAUGCCCUGGCUCGGGAAGAGUCUGUUACGCACUGUACACGUACUGUACCGGCUUUCUAUCCCUGGCGUCGCCCGUUAGUUGCGCACAGCUGGUCUUGUAGUUUGCAUGUCUUAUGAGCUGUUUUAAUUAUAUGUAGCUUAUGCUCGUAGAACGCAAUCGGACUGCAUUAUAU